AUGACCUUUUUCAAUUGGUUAUGUGGAUGUGGGCGGUGGGGUCCACUUCACUUCGAGGGUGCUGACUGGGGUAUUGGCAUCAUUAUUGGAGGCAAAUGGGCUGCCUUCCAUCUGGCCAAUGAUUGGAAAAUUGAGGGCCAUGAUAUCUGUUGGCUCGAAACAGUUGCAGUCGAAAUUUUGAUAUAUUUCCUCGAAUCCAUGGAUUACAGUAACACCCGCCUUCUCAUUCAUUCCAAUAACCAAGGCACAAUUGGUGCUAUAAGAAAAUCUCGCAGUCCCAACUACUGGAUCAAUAUGUCCAUAUGUCGUACAUGUGCCAUCAUUGGCCCACUUUUCAUUUUACCUGAACUUAUUUACAUCGAAUCCGCCAACAACCCUGCUGACCCGAUUUCGCGUGGAAUUCUGGGUCUACAAGACAAUCGCCUUCCAUUACAAUUCCAGCUCCCCGAUGAGCUCACUAAUAUAUUAUCCUAUCAUGUUGAGGUUCAUAAAAUUUCUUUGUUCACCCUUCGCAAACUCACAUUUAUUCUACAGUGACACUCGCAUUCUUGCGGCUGAAGGUUCAGUCGCGAGUGCCAAUGUCCCACGCCCAUUGAUCACUCGAAAGUCCCAAUUUGCACUCCGUACUCGUUUCUCUAUGCAUCCGUAUCAUGUCAAACCACCUAAACCUUCGAAUAUUCUCCCUCGCGACCUUUUGCCUUCUCUCCGACGUCGUUUCCACUCUACCCCUGCUCCUUCUUCACACCCGCCUGUUCCUCCUGCAUCUCGUAAACCUUUGCCAAAUAACUCAAUCACUCCGAAUAUUUUGCACCCCAAUGUUCGUGCGAGAGACCGUCUUCAGGUCUGGGACACUCCUUUCACUAUCAGCAAAUGUACCUUGAUAUCUUCAAUCUACCCACCUGAGAUCCUUGAAUUGGGUAAGAAAGCUACUUCCGCAGGGCUGGCAGACUCAACGAAGCAAUCCUAUGGAGCAGGUCCUUUACGUUGGAACCAAUUCUGUGAUGAAAUGUCCAUCAACGAAAAUCUUCGCAUGCCUGCUGAUGACACCCUUAUUACAGCAUUCAUCAGAUCC